CGGAAACUCUAAAGUCAUAUGAUCGAUUUGCGAUUCCUUCAGAACAUAGCAUUCUGUUGCGAAGAUGGCCAGCCAAACGCAAGGUAUUCAACAGCUUUUGGCAGCUGAAAAAAGAGCUGCAGAAAAAGUUGCAGAAGCUAGAAAACGUAAAGCACGUAGAUUGAAACAAGCAAAAGAAGAAGCUCAAGAUGAAAUUGAAAAAUAUAGGCAAGAAAGAGAAAAACAAUUUCGUGAAUUUGAAGCAAAACAUAUGGGAUCAAAAGAAGAUGUAGCAGCCCGUAUAGAAGCUGAUACAAAAAUAAAAACAGAAGAAAUGAAUCAGACUGUGUCUAUGCAUAAAGAUUCUGUUGUGCAUACAAUUUUGGAGUUGGUAUACGACAUUAAAGCAGAAUUGCACAAGAAUUACCGCGCCGAAAUUUAAAUCAGAAAAAUCGUAUCGAUUACUUAUAAAUAUUGCAUCUUAUGCUAUAAAUGUACAUUAAGUACUUUGUUUUAUCAUGUCUUAAAACGUAUCUAUCGUUGUUAUGUUGUACUUUUGUCAGGAAAUGUGUAUAUCCUUCAAUUGUAGAUGGUGGUAUUCAAAUUAUUAGAAUUUUUUCUGCAGUUGCUACACGACAAUAAAUGUAACCUAUGCCGAGCUUUUACCACCAUAAUGGAAAGUUUAAGGAUAGUGCCGUCAUGAUAGCAAUAUAGAUGCAAACAAAUUAUCGUCAUUAUGAUAUAUCAAGGCCUAGAUAUAUUAGCAUGACGUGUAAAUGUUAAAGCUUAGGGUGGUGGUAGAAAGUUGUACAUCAUUAAGUGUAUAUUGUUAGAUGUCAUUCCAUAAUUCUGCUGCAUCGAGGACAUAAAAAAUUUGUUAAACAAUUCUGUACAACUUCCAAAGAAUCACAUAUAAGCUCCCAAUCUGAUGUGAUUCUCACGACGAUGUACAUAAUAUAUAUUAUUUGUUUUGUUUGAAACACACAUUUAAACUUUGUUAAGGUAGAGAUACAAAAAAUUAUACCUCAUGUAUAAACCCUGUCUCCGUAUGCUGACUAAUCUGUACAGUAUUAAUGUUCGGAAAUAAAAACGAUCAAAAGGUAA